AUGUCAUCCUCAGCGCCAUCUCAACCCCCUACAUCAGAAGCCUAUACGGCGGCCUCAAACCCGGCAACCCGCAACCCAGCUGAGAACGCAGUAGCUCAUGAGAGCGAAGCUGAUCGCGAGACCGCCGCGCGCGACGCAGCGCUAGGCCGCACGCCCUUCCCACAGUCCCAGUCGCGGUCCGCCGACGACGCGACGCCGAGCUCCCUGGGCGCCGGCGUGCGUUCCUCGGGCCCCGUGGACGAGACGGAGCGGCGGAACACGGCGUACGUGUCCGAGGGCAGCAGAGAAGCGGCAGGGCCUGAGAACCCCAACGUCGAGGCCGAGCAGAUGGCGACGCUUGCGGAGGGUAAAGUCGCUGAUGCGGUGGAGAGGAAGAGUGGUACGCAAAAGGUGCCUGGACAGGAGAUUACUGUUGAUGAUUUUGGGAGCGGACUUGAGGAGAAGAAGCGAGAGCAGCAAGAGGCGAGAGAUGCGAUCAAGAAGGCGAGGAGCGAGGGCGUUGAUGCGGAUGGGGGAUUGGGGAGAGGUCGUGGAGAGAGGAUAACCGGGAUGUGUAAGAGGAGCGGCGAGCUUGGAGAAUCGUCAAUUCGUGUAAGCGUGCACAAUGUAAUCGACGUCGACAGUAUAGUGUUGGAAUUACAUUGA